AUGACGAACUUACCGACAACGUUCGCCGUUAUCCUCAUUUUGCUCUUUAUUUUCACCUCUACGUCCAACGCGGAGAUCAAAUCGUUAAAGAUACGAUCAGACGACCGUCCAAUGAUCCUCUUCGAGAAGUUCGGAUUCACACGCCAUGGCGUUGCCUCCGUUGAGAUUUCUUCUGUCUCCGUCACCUCCAGCAUCUCCCAAAUCGAUUCCUCCCGCCUCGGUUUCUUCCUCCUCACCGAAGAAUCCUUGAUUCAAGUCCUCAUCGAAUUCCAACAAAACCCUAAUUUCUGCGUUGUUGAUUCCAAAUUCAUUUCGCUCCUCUUCACAUUCCGCGAUCUCUCCCCUCCGCCUCAUCCCUCCUUCAACAAAUCGUACCCUGUCAACUACCCGAAUGAAUACUCCCUCUUCUUCGCCAAUUGCAAUCCUGAAUUGAUCGUCUCAAUGGACGUCCGUACCGAGCUAUACAACACCGACGGCGACAAAAGGGAUUACUUAUCCGCCGGAUUAACUCAACUUCCGUUUCUAUACACCAUUUUCUCCCUCUCAUACAUGGCAUUCCUAGGGUUUUGGAUCAUUGAAUGCGUAAAAAACAAGGUAUCUGUUCACCGGAUUCACCUGCUAAUGUGCGUUUUGCUUCUCAUGAAAGCCCUCAAUUUGAUCUGUGCGGCAGAGGAUAAACAUUUUGUAAAAGUCACAGGGACUCCUCAUGGAUGGGAUGUGUUGUUCUACAUAUUUCAAGCCAUUAGGGUUGUGCUAUUGUUCACUGUAAUCGUAUUAAUCGGCACUGGAUGGUCGUUUCUGAAACCAUUUCUGCAAGAGAAAGAGAAGAAGAUCUUGAUGAUUGUGAUCCCACUCCAGGUUUUAGCCAAUGUAGCAUCCAUAGUAAUAGGGGAAACAGGGCCCUUUAUCAGAGAUUGGGUAACUUGGAAUCAGGUGUUCUUGUUGGUUGAUGUGAUCUGUUGUUGCGCCAUUAUCUUCCCCAUAGUCUGGUCAAUCAGAUCAUUGAGGGAGACCUCUAAAACAGAUGGGAAGGCUGCUAGGACUCUUGCAAAGUUAACCCUUUUCAGACAGUUCUAUGUUCUGGUUAUUGGGUACUUGUAUUUCACAAGAAUCAUUGUUUUUGCUCUGAAGACAAUCGCAGAUUAUAACUACCAAUGGGUGGCUAAUGGGGCUGAAGAAUUAGCGAGCCUUGGGUUCUAUAUAGUUAUGUUUUACAUGUUCAGGCCAAUUGCAUCAAACCAGUACUUUCUUAUUGAAGACGAGGAGGAGGCUGCAGCAGAGGUGGCUCUAAGGGAGGAGUUCGAGCUUUGA